ACCUUGGCGCCAAACAAACCUUUUAGGCUCUCCAAAGCAAAACACAGAAAACAACAAGGAAAACAAAGCAAAACAUGAAAACUCCAAAACCCAUCUCUCCUUUUAGGCUCUCCUCUCUUCUCCGCAGCGAAAAAGAUCCGACCCUCGCUUUCAACAUCUUCAAAAACCCAAACCCAGACCUCAAACCUCCCGGCAAACCCUUCCGCUACUCCCCGCUUUCCUAUGAUCUCAUCAUAACCAAGCUUGGCAGGGCCAGAAUGUUUGAUGAGAUGGAACAAGUUCUACACCAACUUAAAAAUGAUGCCCGUUUAGCCCCAGAAGAGAUCAUCUUUUGCAAUGCCAUGAAGUUCUAUGGUCGUGCGUGCUUGCACGAACGUGCACGUCAAUUGUUCGAGGAAAUGCCUGAAUAUCGUUGCCAAAGGACAGUAAAGUCUGUAAACUCGUUGUUGAACGCGCUUUUGUUGAGCGAAAAGUUUGAUGAAAUGAAGCAAGUGUUUUUCGGUAUGGAAAAAUAUGCCCGUCCGGAUGCUUGUACUUAUAAUAUAUUGAUUCGUGCCUGCUGUUUAAGUGGGUGUUUGGAUGAUGCUUCAAACCUGUUUGAUGAAAUGCAGAGGAAAGGUGUCAAGCCUAAUGCGGUGACGUUUGGGACGUUGAUUCAAGGGCUUUGUAUGGAGAUGAAGGUAAAGGAAGCAUUUAAGUUGAAGGCGGAUAUGGUUAGGCUUCAUGGUCUGUGUCCCAGUCCAUGUACUUACUCCAUGAUGAUUAAAGGGCUUUGUAGGAUUGGUGAGUUGAGUUUGGCAAUUAGGCUUAAGGAGGAAAUGGUUGGGAAUAAGAUGAAAGUGGAUUCAUCUACAUAUUCUACUUUAAUUAGUGGGCUUUUUAACGUUGGGAGACAGGACAAGGCUCUUGGGAUCUUUGAGGAAAUGGCUUUAAAUGAGUGUAAACCAGGUACGGUUACCUACAAUGCGAUGAUUAAUGGGUUCUGUAAGGUGAAGGAUUUUGAAGCAGCUUACAGAGUUCUUGAAGAUAUGGCUAAGAAACAGUGUAAGCCAGAUGUUAUUAGUUAUAACAUCUUAAUUGGUGGGUUGUGCAAGGAAGGGAAGUGGAGUGAAGCUAAUGAUUUAUUUGAAGAUAUGCCAAGGCAGGGGUGUAAACCUGAUGUUGUGUCAUAUAGGUUGCUUUUUGAUGGGCUUUGUGGUGGAUUGCAGUUCAAGGAAGCAGCAUUCAUUAUGGAUGAGAUGAUUUUUAAGGGCUAUGUGCCGCAUUGUGCAAGUAUACAUAAAUUUGUCUCUGGGUUGUGUCAGAAAGCGGACAUGAAGUUAUUAUUGAUGGUUUUGAAUAGUCUAGCAAAAGCAAAUGCAAUUGAUCAAGAUGCAUGGCUGAUGGUGAUUUCUAAGGUUUGCCAGGAGGAUAAACUGUCAAUUUCAUCUGAGAUUCUGGAUGCUCUGAUGCUGUAGUGGUAAUGACAAUGUUGGUUUAUCCUGUCAUGACCUUGUUUUAAGUUUUAACGUCUUUGAAUGUGGAUAAUUUGGAAGUCAAGUUGCAACUUAGCUAGCGAUGUGUCAUUGUGCCAUUCAUAAUAUUUAGCUUGGCUUGUAGUUUGACCAUUUAAGUUCUUUAUGCAAUGAACUGAUUAGACCACAAAGAGAGUUGUGUUUCUGGUUUGCAAGAGGUAAAGAUUUAUAUCAAGAGAAGCUUGAAUAUUUUGAGGUUAGGUAGUAGUUGCCUAUUGGACUUGUAGGUGUAUAUGGCUGUUUGACGUUACAUUGGUAACUGAUUGCUUUAUGAGGUACAAGCAUGAGUCAACUGCUUAACUGGUUUCUCCUCUUAACUAGCAGCAUCUGCUAUCUCACAGAAAUUUGGAACUGGAGCAUUCAGUAGAUUCGAUGCCAACUGUUGUUCUGAUUAUACGCUCCCAAUUUUCUUGAAAGUUGGCCUUAUUAUUGGAUUAUCGUGAUUUUCUUUUGAGUUAAAUUCCCUAGACAGUUGUGAAUGACUCAAAUGUAGCAAUUUUGUGAAGUAAACUAUUGGGGCGAGGGACGGGGACCCAAAAGACAGCUUAUGGGAUGUUUAUAUAAGAGAAUUCUGAAGCGAGAAAAUAGAAUACGUAUGGUUGCCAUGGCUUUCGAAUGGCAAGGAGCAGGGCUUUUGAAUACACAGGAGCUUAAUUGAUUGUAAAAUGGGAUAUGUGCAGAUUGUGUGUUUAUUGAUCUUGUUUGUACAGAUAGUUUUAAAUUGUAAAGUGGCAUACGGCAGAUUAUGUGUUUAUAUGAGAAUUCUUAUACUAUAUAUUAUUGAGCAUGUAUAUCCUAUCAGGCUAUCACUUAUCA